AACUUAACAUCUCUAAUUCUCUAUACUAAAACAUCAAGAAAAAGAUGGAUGGAGUAACCCAACUACCCAAGAUUAUUCUUUCCAUGAAGCCACCAUUGUUAGCCAAGAUGGGUCGGCACGAACCCUUAAGGUGCCCGUGGUCCAAGAACUCGCACGUCAUGGCAUCAAAGACGUACCAAAAAUGUUCCUUAGACCACCAUUAGACACCUUAAACACCGCAAAUUCUUAUUUUUCUGAGAAUUUUCCGUCCAUAAAUGUGGCCAAAUUACGCAGUAAAGAAGGUUUAGUGGUGAGAAACAAUGAGCUACAAAAGUUGGCUAACGGUCUUGAAGAAUUUGGCAUGGUAUUGGUUAGUGACCAUGGUAUACCAUGUUCGUUAUUGUCCGAUGUUAAGGAAGUGAUUAAGGGGUUUUUUGGGAUGUCCUUUGAGGAAAAGAAGAAGUAUGUUGGGACAUAUGGGUAUGUGGAUAAUAUGGGUUAUGGUAGAAAUUUUGUAACCAAAUCUUAUGAUAAGCCUCUUGAUUGGAUUGAUCGUUUGACUAUGAAGGUUUCUCCAAAAGAAUCAACCGUUGGUCUUAAUGUUUGGCCUCAAAAACCUCCUCAUUUUAGGGAAGUCAUUGAAAACUAUGCAGAGGAGGCAAGAAAAUUGAGUGAUGAUAUACUAAGAGCACUAGCUGAAGCAUUAUCUCAAGAAGAAAAUGCAUUUGUCAAAUAUUUUGACACAAAAACUAGAGAGAUCAAUGUAAGAAUUAACUACUAUCCACCAUGUCCAAAGCCCAAAUCAACAAUGGGCUUAAGCCCACAUUCGGAUGGUUCGACCCUAACUCUUCUCAUGCAAUUUGAUACCUCUGGUAGUCUACAAGUUAUGCACAAACACAAGAACAUUUGGCUAAGUGUUCCUUGGCCUAAUGAUGCAUUAUUAGUCAAUGCUGGAGAUUUACUUGAGAUAAUGAGCAAUGGUAAAGUUCAAAGUUCUUGGCAUAGGGCUGUCACACAAGUUGAAUUAGAGAGAUUUUCUUUGGCUUUGUUCUUUAAUCCACCGUUGUCGAUGGAAAUCGAGCCUAUUAAGAGUGAUGGUUCGAGUGAUUACGAGUAUAAGAAUGUGGUUGUGGGUGAUUAUUUACAACAUUAUUAUACGGUGAGUCUAACUGUGCCUAAAGUAGCUGUAAAAUUCGCAAUGGUCUGAUUAAAGAUGGGCCCGAACCGACACGAAAAAAGCCCAGCUAGGCACGGGCACGAAAAAAGCACGGCCCUAAACGAGCAAGAAGUCAUGGGGCGGGGGCUGGGCCUGAGCCGCAUUUUAUAGGGAAAAGCACGACAAGACUCGACAAAGCACACUAAAUGUAGUAAAAUUAAAGUUAGCCUCACGGCCCGACCCGGCCUGACAGCUCGUGGUCGUGGGCCCUUUCUUGAAUUUUUCGGCCCUGCCCGGCGCGAU